AUGCUACGGCGCGUGGUUCGAGAGCAUCUCGGUGCGGGAAAACGGCCUCCUCGUGGUGACGCGCCUCGACGUGCCCGAGCUGUGGAUGAUGGACCCGCUGACGCGCAAAGCCGAAAAGAUCGCCUCCGUUCCGGGGCGCUGGGCCUCACCGGCGUGACCGAGAUACGGCACGACGUGUUCGGCUUCGCGGCGGGCAACUUCAACACCACCGACUUCACCGUCGAGGCGGGGUCGUGGUCCGUGUGGACCGUCGACUUGACGGGCGAGGAGCCCGUGACGGAGCUCCUCGCCGACGUGCCCGAGGCGGGCUUCCUCCUCGGCACGGCGACGUACGGCACCAAUAGCAUGCUCGUGGCGGACGCGGCCGAGGGCAAGGUGUACAAGUUCGACGCCGAGACGGGCGCGUACGAGGUCAUUAUCGAGGACGACCUGCUCAAGCCCGCGGCCGACGCGCAGAUCCCCGAGGCCAUCCACUCCAUUCGCAAUUUUGGCGAGGAGCUCUACUUUACAAAUACGUUUGGCAACGCCUUUGGCCACUUUUUCCUCAACGCCGUCACCGCCGAGGUUGGCGAGGUCAACAUCGUGACCAACCUCACGAGCCCGCUCGAUUUCAUCAUUGACGGCAAUGGCACUUCGUACGUGGGCCAGAUUGGCGACGGCAUCGUCAAGGUCACGCAGGACGGGACCGUCACGCCCAUGUGGAACAUUACGUCUGCCACGUCGCUGGCGUUUGGCCGCAGGAAGGCCGAGUUUGACAUCAUCUACGCUGGGACGGCCGUUGGCGAGCUCUAUGCUCUUCAGAUCGAUUGGUAG